GCCACCCCCAACCACCCCACCAACCCCCCCGACCGUUACAUCCAACAUCCACCAAAUCUCUCUCUCUCUCUCUCUCUCUCUUCCCCACCUGCGCUGACAACCGCACCAUUUUCUCAGAAAUCUCUCUCUCCCAACACCACGUCUUUCAUAUCUCUCUCACUUUCUCUCUUUUACUGAACAACGCUGCCUCUUCUCUCCUCGAGUCGCCGUCUCGCCGAGGUUCCGCCAAGAACAGCCGCCACACUCUUCCUCCCUCCGUCUAUCUCCGUCUCGUAAAUCCCCUGUUCCGCCUCCCUCUCGUUCUUUCUCUCUCCGUCACUCGGUCCCAAUCUCUCCCCGCUUUCUCUGUUCCAUCAAGUUUCCACCAAGAACAACCGCAAACCUCCAGAAAAUCACACAAAACAUUGUGUUCUCAACAGAAAGGACGAAAACGGCAGCCGUUGGGUCUGGGUGUAAGGAUCUCUGAGAUCUCCCCACUCUCUGUUUCAAUAAUUUGAUGGAAGGAUUGGUGAGUUCUCAGAUGACACUCAUUAGUGCUCAUUAUAGGCAACUUAACUCUCCUUUCCUUCCUGCAUUUUCUCUCCAAUUCAAAAGAAGAUUGGAUAUCAGUCGAAUUGGGAUGGACAAAUCUCCUAAAUCAUUGAAAUCAAUUACUGCUUCUGUUCAACCAUUGGAAACCUCAAAAUUGGGUCACUCGAACAACACUCUGCCAUCCAAAGAUGUCCUUGAUUUAUGGAGAAGUGCCAAUGCGGUGUGCUUCGAUGUGGAUAGCACGGUGUGUCUGGAUGAAGGCAUUGAUGAACUUGCAGAGUAUUGUGGAGCUGGAAAGGCUGUUGCGGAAUGGACUUCUAGAGCAAUGAGUGGUUCUGUUCCUUUCGAGGAGGCCUUGGCUGCCAGACUUGCUUUGUUCAAUCCUUCCUUUGCUCAAGUUCAGGACUUCCUUGAAAAGAGGCCCCCAAGGCUUUCUCCUGGCAUAGACGAGUUGGUCAAGAUGCUGAAGGCUAAUAAUACCACUGUUUACCUUAUCUCUGGAGGCUUUCGUCAAAUGAUCAAUCCUGUUGCAUCAAUCCUUGGGAUUCCACAUGAAAACAUCUUUGCCAAUCGAUUGCUAUUUGGAAGUUCUGGGGAGUUUGUGGGGUUUGACACCAAGGAGCCUACUUCAAGAAGUGGAGGAAAAGCCACUGCAGUUCAACAGAUAAGGAAGGCUCAUAAUUACAAGGCAUUAGUCAUGAUUGGGGAUGGUGCAACUGAUCUUGAGGCUCGUAAACCAGGAGGUGCAGAUUUGUUUAUAUGUUAUGCCGGUGUCCAACUUCGAGAAGCUGUUGCCGCUAAUGCUGACUGGCUGGUUUUCAGUUUUAAAGAUCUAAUGAACUCCUUGGAGUAGCUUGGAGUUUUCUGAGCCUCUCUUUUUGUAUUUUUUUUUUUUUUUAAUAUUUUGAUGAUUAAUUUUUGUGUCCCACUGGUCAAAUGCAUUAUAGAAGUGUGUAUUCAUCAUCCCAUUUUAAGUUUACAAAACUUAUGUGAGGAACUAAUUAAAAGGUUAUCAUCUAAUGCCCAAGUCUUGUAAAAUAUAUAUAUUAUUUUUUAAUUGUUGUUACCCAAGGUUUGAGAGGAAA